CAUGGCGUCUACUGUCGAAGCUGAUUUUCCCAUUGAAGGAAUCCUUCCCAAGAAAGAGACUGGGGCUGCAGCUUUCUUAACGAAAUACCCAGAUUACGAUGGAAAGGGUGUUCUAAUUGCGAUUCUCGAUACAGGAGUCGAUCCUGGUGCUCCGGGAUUACAAGUUACGACAAAUGGCAGUCCAAAGAUUGUAGAUGUAAUUGAUGCCACUGGUUCUGGCGACGUAGACACUUCCAAAGUGGUAGAGCCAGAAGAUGGGGAAAUAACUGGUGUCACAGGACGAAAGUUAAAGAUCCCAUCUUCCUGGACAAACCCUUCAGGAAAGUAUCACAUCGGAGCCAAGAAUCUCUUUGAUCUGUACCCGAAACGCCUGCAAGACCGAGUGGUGAAGGAGCGUAGGGAACAGUCAUGGGAUCCUCCUCAUCGGGCUGCUCUGGCAGAGGCUUCUCGCAAACUUGAAGAAUUUGAUGCUAAAAACUCAAGUCCUAGUCAGGAAGAAAAACUUGUGAAGGAAGACCUGCAGGCCAGAGUGGACCUCUUGACAAGCUUAGACAAAAAAUACCAUGACUGUGGACCAGUGUUUGACUGUGUUGUAUUUCACGAUGGCAAUACCUGGAGAGCCUGUGUUGAUACAACAGAGAAGGGUGAUCUUGGUGAUUGUAAACUUUUAGCCAACUUUGCUGAAGAGAGACAGUAUGGGACAAUCAGUCGCCAAGAUAUGCUGAAUUAUACUGUCAACAUUCAUAAUGAUGGUGAUGUUUUAGAAAUGGUAACAAAUGCAGGAUCUCAUGCGACCCAUGUGGCAUGUAUAGCAGCGGGCUAUUUCCCUGACCAACCAGAACGGAAUGGAGUAGCUCCAGGAGCCCAGGUCAUCUCUAUCAAGAUUGGAGACACACGUCUUGGUUCCAUGGAAACAGGGACAGCCUUAGUUAGAGCUAUGAUCAAAGUAAUUGAGCACAAGUGUGACCUGGUGAACUACAGUUAUGGAGAGGCUUCUCACUGGGCAAAUUCAGGACGAGUGGUGGAUAUUCUCAGUGAAGCGGUCAACAAACAUGGCGUAAUAUUUGUGUCCAGUGCUGGCAACAAUGGACCUGCUCUGUCAACAGUAGGCACCCCAGGGGGGACAACUGAUGCUCUUAUUGGGGUUGGAGCACAAGUUUCUCCAACUAUGAUGGCUGCUGAAUAUUCUCUGAGAGAAAAGCUCCCCAGCAUGCAGUAUACAUGGUCAUCUAGGGGACCCACACAUGACGGAGAUCUGGGUGUGUGUAUCAGUGCCCCCGGUGGUGCUAUAGCAUCUGUGCCUAGCUGGACACUACGUGGAUCACAGCUCAUGAAUGGAACUAGUAUGAGCUCGCCAAAUGCCUGUGGAUGUAUAGGUCUGGUUUUAUCUGGACUGAAGGCCAACCAUAUAGACUACACACCAUUUAGUGUCAAGCGAGCCUUGCAGAAUACCGCACAGAAGGUGGACAAUAUUGAAGUGUUUGCUCUGGGUUAUGGCCUCGUUCAUGUUGAGAAAGCCUAUGACUAUCUGUGUACAUACCCUAAAAGUGCAGAAUCUAAGAUCAACUUUAGCAUCAGCUGUACAGAUGGCAAGCGUGGAAUCUACCUCAGGGAACCUCAUCACUUCAAAAAACCAUACGUUGUCAAUGUCACAGUUGAACCCAACUUCUUUGAAGACAAAUCAGAACAAGAAGAGAAGAUUGCACUAAGUCUACAGCUGGCUCUGACAUGUGAUGCAGCCUGGGUGCAGCAUCCCAAACAUCUGGAGUUGAUGAAUGUGGCACGAACAAUCAGUGUCAAGGUUGACCACAGUGGACUCACUGAAGAUGCCCAUUACACUGAAAUAUGUGCAUUUGAUGUGAGUUGUGUGGAGAAGGGCCCAGUGUUCAGGAUACCAAUCACUGUUAUCAAACCAGCAAAGGUUUCUGAUGAGACUACGUAUGAGAUGUGCUUCAAUGACGUACAGUUUAAACCAGGUCACAUUCACAGACAUUUCAUCCAUGUACCACAGGGGGCUACUGUUGCAGUUUUGAAUGUGAAGUCAUUGGACAAAGACAAAAAUUGCAGAAUGCUAUUGCAUGGCAUGCAAGUUGUUCAACAGUAUCAAUACAAGAAAUUUGAAUUUGAGAAAUUUGUUACAAUAUCCAGUCAAGGGCAGACAACUCAAGCAUUUCAAGUUGUUGAUAACAGCACAUUAGAAAUGUGUAUAGCUAAAUGGUGGGCUAACCUCGGGGACGUGACUCUUAAUUACAAAAUAACAUUCCACGGAGUCACUUUGGACAACGCAAGACCUACUAUGCAAGGUGCUGAAGGUAUUACGAGGUUCAAUGUUCGUGCCUUGCUGAAAAAUGAGGACAUAUCUCCUUCCAUCACUCUCAAGUCUCUGGUACAACCCAUCAGACCUACAGAACACAAGAUGAAAUGCCUGUUUGGGCCCAGAGAUACCCUGCCAGGAGACAGACAGAUAUAUGGUAUCGAGCUCACAUACAACUUCCACAUUGACAAGAACAUUGAAGUGAUGCCUGAGUGUUCAAUGCUGAGUGAACUGCUGUAUGAGUCGGACUAUGAGAGCCAGUUUUGGAUGAUAUUCGACGCCAAUAAACAGUGCAUGGGAUCUGGAGAUGCCUAUCCACAUCAGUAUAAUGUGAAGCUCGACAAGGGAGAUUAUACGUUGGUGAUGCUGAUCCGCCAGGAGAAACGAGACUUACUGGAGAAGAUGAAGGAUGCCGUCCUACUGCUGCAUCACAAACUUCCCAGCUCUGUAUCAUUGGAUAUCCAUGGAACAUGGCAAAAAGCCUUUACUGGCAAGAAGCUGAACUCAUUUACACUACAACAGAACCAGAUUUGUCCUCUAUUUGUCACCCCAACAGCAACAGACAAACUUCCAAAGGCAGCCAAAGCAGGUUGUUUCUUGACAGGAACCAUCACAUUGCUGAAAGAUGACCUACUUAGUAAAGCUAGUUCUCUGCCAUUCCGCUAUGCACUGACCGAAUCUCCAAGGAAAGUAAAGAAUGGCGGAAAAGAGAAGGGAGAUAAAGCUAAAGAGAAAACAAAAGAAGAGGAGUAUGCUGAGGCUAUUAGGGACAUGAAGAUUAACUGGAUACCAAAAAUGGAUUUGGAUCACAUCCUGUUUGAGGAGGUGAGACAUGAUAACCCUGACCACCUGCCCCUGUACAUGGCCAGACUUCAGGCCCUCGACAGCAGUAAGGAAAGGUCUAAGAAAUUGGGAGCCAUAAUUGACUUAUCCAAGUUUAUUAUCUCCAAAAUUGACCAAGUGGCCCUCUCCAGCUAUUAUGGUAUGAAGAGUGACACCCGGCCAGAUGCCAAUACCAUCAAAAUUGAGAUGGAUAAAGAGAAAGAGAUACUGAUAGAAGCAAUGGUGAAGAUGGGCUGUGCCCAGGCUGACAUCCUGCUGGAGCAGGGGCAGACAACUGUGGAGCACACUCAGUCAGAGGAGGAGGGUGAACAGUUUGUCGAGCUGCCUACUGUUACAGAGAAGGAUCUGGAGGAUACUCUAUCUGAGAUACAGAAGUGGGCAGAUCUCACAGAUGCAAAGGUCUCCACGUUCUCAGUUCGUCAUGCAAUUUAUCACAAGCAAUAUGGUCGUGCCUUGAAAAUGCUGCUCAAACAAACAGAGGAUAAAAAUAUGAAGGAAACUGAUAAAAAAUGUAUUGAGAUGUACACUUCCCUAGGCUGGGAUCACUGUGUCCGCCACUUCAGCAACUGGCUACUUGUCAAGUAUCCUGCCAACUAUCGUCUGUUUUGAUAAAAUUAUUCUUUAGACGUCAUCAAUUAAAACCUCAGCUUUGAGAGCAGUUUGAGGCUGGUAUUCACAACACCUGUGUUUAAGUGUGGUCUUACAAUUAGUUUCUAGGAAACUUCAUCGAUACCUUGAUGUUUCACAAUUUGAUAUUCGUGAGGAGGUUUUAGGGCAAGUCUUUUUGUAGAAUUUUAGAUAUCUAGUUAACAAAAUACUUAAAAUGUAUCAAAAGAAGACAAUUACUAUUUUCUACGCCCUAUCUAAUUGUAAUAUGGUUUGUGCUGCUAAUGAUUUAUCUCUUAUAUUUAAAUUUGUAUGUACAUUGUCAUAAUUGAAUUAUUUCAUAAUUAGUACAUCUGAAGGUUUUCAAUCUCCACAUCUUUAAUAUGGAUACUUUUUUUUAAUGAACAUGAUAUAUGUUGACACAAUGUAUUUUUAUCCUGGUAUUGGUAAACCAUUUUUAUAAUGUUCACAGGUGAGCGAUACAGGCCCCAUGGGCCUCUAGUUAUAAUGUUCACUAUAGACAACUUCUGUUAGGAGACUAUCACUUUUACAAGAUUUCUUGAAAUAUUGAAAAAAAUUACACAACUGUGUUCCCAAGGAGUCAUGUUUGAACAAGCAUUAUGAAAUUAUCAGACUUCUUAAUGGAUUCUACUGUAGUCGUAUUAAUGGGAAAUAAUAUCAAUUAACAAAGUUAAAUUAAAAAAAUUCACAAGAUGAAAACUGUAACAGUAGUGGGAGUAAUCAUGUAGACCAUAACUAUUCUGUGUGAUACUCUUGUUUUCAUAGUCAGGGAUUUUUUCCUGUCAAAUAAUGCGUUAAAUAUAUGUAAGGCCUGGAAAAAGGAAACAGAUGAUCAUCUAAUACUACUUUUUUUUUAAAAACCUGUCACCAAUCUCUUCGGUAAUGUGGGACCAAUUUUGUUAUUGAAUACUGUCACAUAUCUACUAGAGUGAAUGGAGAAAUGUAACACAUGAGUAUUAUAAGAGAACAUCCGGCUGUUACAAGGAAACAUCUUAGUGACAUAAUAGAACGAGCGACUGAGUUUUUCAUUACACUUUUUUUCUUGGUUGAUCUAAACAUUGUGUUUCCUCCUCAGGUAAGGAUAUGUUAGAUAUAGAAAAAAUAAAUGUGUUCAAGUGGUCAGACUAUCAUUGCAUUAUUUUGUGAUUUAAAAAAAAAAUGGUGAUAUUUUAAUACAUCAAUUAUUAUAAUUCUUUUUUUUUUAUGUAUUUCAUCGAAGUUGAAUAAUAUCAGUACAUUAGGUCAUGCAAUAGACUGCCAAACUGUCUAUAGACAUCAAGGGCUGUUCCAGUAAAACAUAUCCAAUGGAGGAAUCGAGAGACAGUAAAAUUCUAUAUACAUAUGUAUGGUGGAUGCUGGAGAAAAUCUAGCCUAUUAUAUAUUGCUGUUUGAAUUAAAUCACCUCUAUUUGUGGUCGCUGUUUCACAAACCUGGAGUCCUCCAGUUGGGGAAGAUAUUUUACUGAAAUGGCCCGUAAUUAAAAGGUUUACCCAGCUUCAGCAUCUAUAUGAUUCUAGAUCUGUCGUGUCCUAGUAAUAGACCUAGCUAGUAGUUUUGAUAAAUGGCUGUAUUGCUAUUGUUGUGAUAUUGAAAGAUUCUCGUACGAGAUUGAUUUUAAAUGUAGUAGCCAUAAUUGUUUGUGUUGAUCUGGAUUUUCAUUUUGACACAAUUAGUUUUUAUUAUUAAGGAUUUUAGAACGGUCUGGAUUACAGUGCGGAUAAACUAUGUAUAAUUUACAUUGAUCAAAGGGUAUGGAUUUGUGUUGCUGUAUAUGUUUUUGUUGUCAGAUUAAUGUAGUUUUGUAUUUGUCAAAGAAUUUCUCUUGUAAAUAAUUAAUAGUUGCCUUAUCUACCAUCAUCUGGUCUCUGUGUUGUAAAAAAAACCAGUUACUGUAUGUAACAUUUGUAAAUUAUACUUCAAUUAAAUCAAUUAAAGAUAUUAAGCCUCAAUUUAUUUAACUUUGAAAUAUCCUAGCACAAUUUUCAGUUAAUAGUUGCUUGGAAGAUUCUUGGUGUAUUUUCAAUAAUGAUUAUUAAAGUCUGCAGUUUAGCACUUUAAUACACAUACAAGGAGGUUUUCAGUAUUUCAAUUGUAGACUUAUACACACAUGUAUAUUGUUGAUUUGAAUUUGGUUAUGACUUCUCAAUAUCUAUAAUUAAUACCAAUAUCACUUCUUGUUUGAUAUCUUGUUGCAUGCUUUACUGAUGAUUGGUAAGGCAGGGAUUUCAUUUGUCUAGUCAAACAAAUGUUACAUUUUAUAUAUUUUAGUUAAGGAUCUUAGUUCGGAAUAUUAAUCAUUUCCGUUCAAUACAACUUUUUGUUUGUAUGAAAAUGAUAUUAAAUGUUAAUAUAAAGGACUAACAAGAAAGGGCAGAGAUAUUUCUGCAUUCAGUGAACACAUUUUUUCAUUAUUCUUUAAAAAGAAAAAAAAGAGAGAAUAAUACUUGCUACAAACUUUAACAUCAAAACUGAAAAAAAAGAUAUUUGAUAGCAAAAUGCAUCAGGUAAUAUUAAGGUAAAGUUAACACUGCACACAAUACACAAAGAAUAUUGAGGCAAAGUUAACACUGAGCUAAAUACAUUAGGUUUAUUGAGGUGAAGUUCGCUCUGAGUCAAAUACUACAGGUAUAUUGAGAUGAAGUUAACGCCGAGCUAAAUACAUCAGGUCUAUUGAGGCGAAGUUAAGGUUGAGCCAAAUAAGUCAGGUUUUUUGAAGCGAAGUUAACACCGAGUUAAAUAUAUCAUGUCUAUUGAGGCGAAGUUUGCUCUGAGCCAUAAUACAUAAGUUAAUUUAGGUGGAAUUAACACUGAGCCAUAAUACAUAAGUUAAUUUAGGUGGAGUUAACACUGAGCCAAAUACAUCAGGUCUAUUGAGGCGAAGUUAAUACUGAGCUAAAUACAUCAGGUCUAUUGAGGUAAAGUUCGCUCUGAGUCAAAAACACCAGGUAUAUUGAGGUGAAGUUAACACUGAGCCAAAUAUCACUAAGCCAAACAAGUCAGGUUUUUGGAGGCGAAGUUAUCACUGAGCAAUAUACAUCAGGUUAAAUGAGGCGAAGUUAACACUGCGUUAAAUACAUCAGGCUUAUUGAGGUGAAGUUAACACUGAGCCAAAUACAUCAGGCUUAUUGAGGUGAAGUUGACACUGAGCCAAAUACAUUAGGCUUAUUGAGGCGAAGUAAACACUGCGCCAAAUAUAUCAGGCUUAAUGAGACAAAGUAUAUUGAGGCGACGUUAACAUUAAACAAAACUGUUGCAAGGGCAGCAAUAAGGUAUGGGUGGAUGUUUCCCCAUACACAAUAACUGUAGAUAUAUUAUUAUUUUGAUGUGUUUAUCAUGCCCCCUCAAUAAUCUAGAUCUUACCUUAUGUAUAUCUAUAUGUGUUUGUAAUUCAUGUGUAUAAAUCAGUAAUGAAGGGAAAGUCAGAAUUUCAUUAUGUAGUCAAACAUAACGAAUUAUUCCAAUGAAUAUUUCUUUUAGUUAGUAAGAAACCCAUAUGUUUUAUCAAGACAAGACUUGUUCGGCAUGAUGAAGGUGUAUAAUGUACUUGUUAUUUUCUGUAUGAGGACUAACAACAAGCUAAAUGAAAUUUUAACCGAUGUCUUGAAUGUAGAUAUAACGUAUGCAUGCUUGUCAAGAACGACACUGGACAAUUCUUUAACCAUCGAGUUGUCUGUUUUAAAGAUAGAAGUGGAGUAUAGUUGUAUUUAUUUUUAAAAAAUGAAGAAAAUUACUCGGCACCAUACAAUUUACUAGUCAUGUCAAGCAUGUUAGGAAUCCCAUAUCAGAUUUUUAAAAACUAUUCAAACAUCAGAAACCUUCAUAUUAAAUCAUAAGCUGUUCAUAUUUAGAUGUUAGAAUGAUUUAACACCAAAGCUGGUCUCGAAACGUAUAACCGGCAAAUAGUAUUUUAAAAUCAGUAAAAUAGUAAUACAACACUGCCAGAAAAUACCACCAGAAAACCCACAAGAUACACUAAGUGAAUCUUUAGUGGAUGUAUAUAAUGCAUAAUUACACGACUUCAUGACAGAUGCAAUGAUUAUUAAUCUUAAAGGAUUAAUUCAUUACUGAUAUUUCAAUACACGAUUAUCCUCUUAAUGAGGUUUACAUUUAUAAACAUUCGUGUAAAAUUUGGCAUAUGGCAGCAUAUUUCCACUGCUUUAGGUGAUGAUGAUUAGUUUGUGUAAUGAAAAUUGACAGGCAUAAGUAUUUUUGUUUUUGUAUACUGAAAGCUGUUGAUCUUUCUGCAUUUUGAUAUGUAUAUUGACACGGAUUACACUUAUAAAAUGUAGACUUGCGCUGGUAUAGUAAGAAAUGCCCUAUCAACAUUAUUGGUUUACACGUGUCCGGGUUACAAAGAAAUGUAUGUGUAAUAUGUGUCACUGAUUAUUUACACAAGUUGUAUUCGAUAGUCACAGGCGUCUACUUCUGGUAUGUAUAAAAAAAAGAAAAAAAUAUUUCCCCUACUCCUAUUUCAUCAACCAGAGUAGGAGUAGGGGCUAAUAAGUUUUCUACUGAUACUAACCAGAAGCAGACGCCUGUGGUAUAAUUCACAGAAAGGUGGAGAAGUUACAGGAUCGUGUCGGGUAGUUACAGGAUCGUGUCGGGUAGUUACAGGAUCGUGUCGGGUAGCUACAGCUGUAGUGUAGUUACAGGAUCGUGUCGGGUAGCUACAGCUGUAGUAACAGGAUCUUGUCGGGUAGUUACAGGAUCGUGUCGGGUAGCUACAGCUGUAGUUACAGAAUCGUGUCGGGUAGCUACAGCUGUAGUGUAGUUACAGGAUUGUGUCGGGUAGCUACAGAUGUAGUUACAGGAUCGUGUCGGGUAGAUAUAGCUGUAGUUACAGGUCGUGUCGGGUAGAUAUAGCUGUAGUUACAGGAUCGUGUCGGGUAGCUACAACUGUAGAGUAGUUACAGGAUCGUGUCGGGUAGCUACAGCUGUAGUUACAGGAUCGUGUCGGGUAGCUACAGCUGUAGUUACAGGUCGUGUCGGGUAUCUACAGCUGUAGAGUAGUUACAGGAUUGUGUCGGGUAUCUACAGCUGUAGGGUAGUUACAGGAUCGUGUCGGGUAUAUACAGCUGUAGAGUAGUUACAGGUGUCGGGUAGAUACAGCUGUAGAUUAGUUACAGGAUCGUGUAGGGUAGCUACAACUAGAGUAAUUACAGGAUCGUGUCGGGUAGCUACAACUGUAGAUUAGUUACAUGAUCGUGUUGGGUAGCUGUAGUGUUGUUACAUGAUCGUGUCGGGUAGCUACAGCUGUAGAGUAGUUACAGGAUCGUGUCAGGUAGCUACAUCUGUAGUUACAGGAUCGUGUCGGGUAGCUACAGCUGUAGUGUAGUUACAGGAUCGUGUCGGGUAGCUACAGCUGUAGAGUAGUUACAGGAUCGUGGCGGGUAUCUACAGCUGUAGUGUAGUUACAGGAUCGUGUCGGGUAGCUACAGCUGAAGAUUAGUUACAGGAUCGUGUUGGGUAGCUACAGCUGUAGAGUAGUUACAGGAUCGUGGCGGGUAUCUACAGCUGUAGUUACAGGUCGUGUCGGUAAUCUACAGCUGUAGAGUAGUUACAGGAUCGUGGCGGGUAGCUACACCUGUAGUUACAGGAUCGUGGCGGGUAGCUACAGCUGUAGUUACAGGAUCGUGGCGGGUAGCUACAGCUGUAGUUACAGGUCGUGUCGGGUAUCUACAGCUGUAGUGUAGUUACAGGAUCGUGGGGGUAGUUACAGCUGUAACAUAUAUGUGUUGUUUAUGGUUGUAAAUUAUGCAUGUCAUGUAUGUGAUACACAUGGAUGUGUGAACACCGUGAAAAGUGAAAUGUAUGUGCAAUUUUCGAAGAAAAAUACCAAGUAUAUUACAACAUC